CCCAGGGGUAUUGCACAGAAAUGGGGCUGUAAAAUUCCCACACAAUGAAAAAGCCGAAUUUAUGAUACAAGAGUCAGAUUGUAUAUGUCGAGGGUUGAUUUGCUAAUUGGAAACUAUGAAAAUAAUUACAGGCAUUAGAGGAGUCACACAGAGGAAAAAAAAUCAGAAUUUGUUAAGAAUGAGAGAUUUUACGGCUUGCUUCACAUCCCAAGAGCUGCCUCAAAGAGGUAUAAAAGCAGGAACAUCUCCGGGGUCUCCUCAAACCUUCUCCUGACUUCUCCUGCUACUCCAGCUCCUCCUCCAACCCUGAGAACCAUGAACUGCAUCAGCUCCCGCUGCCUGCCUGGCUGUGAGGUGACGUUUCCCGAGCCCUGCACCUACAGCAGAGGCCUCGGUCCCUGCAUGGCCUCCUGUGGGGACUCCACGGCCCUCGUCUACGCCCCACCCGUGUACAUCACCUUCCCGGGCGCCAUACUGAGCUCCUGCACCCAGGAAAGCAUCGUGGCAUCAUCCAUGCCCCAACCCUCCGGCCCUCACACAGCCUCAUACAGCUCAGGGAUGGGAAGCUCCUAUGGUGGCCUGUCAAGGGUGGGGGGCUCCUACGGAUCUGGGGGCUCCUACGGUUCUGGGGGCUCCUAUGGAUCUGGGGGCUCCUAUGGAUGUGGGAGAUCCUCUGGGGGCAUGUCAGGGAAGGGGGGCUCCUCUGGGUGUGGGGGUUCCUCCUCGGGGGGUUGCCACCUCAGGAAGUUCUACACCAGCGGCAGCCGCGGAUCCCGCCUGGGAAACUGAGGCAGCGGAAGAUCCACAGAGCCAGGAGAUGGAACCCCAUGACCCAGAUCCGCAGCUGGGACCAGCUUUUGGAGAUGGCAAAAACAUCAACAGGAGCCACCCUUGCUCAGGACCUCUGGAAGCUGGGCCCACGCCUUUUCCCUGCAUUUCCCCUUUGUCUUUAAUUAGUAACAGCCUCUGUUAAUCACCCUUCUGUGCCAGCUCCUUCUUUUCAUUGUGCCGAGAGAAGAAAGGAAGAACAACUUGAAAGGCCUGACAGGAGUUUGUCAGUGCAGCCCUGACAGGAGAAGAGCAAUGGGUGGAAGGUGGAUUCUCCUCGGACGGUGAAGCUGAAGGAAGGAGGGUUUGUGUCAUUCUGUCGUUGUCCUAUUAAAAUCCUCCUGCAUCGUCA